AUGAGGUUUAGACUCCCGUACAAGCACGAUGAGUUGCCGGUUGACGAGAACAAUCAGCGACCGGCAGACAAUGAGGGUUUCGUAGAGAAACGGACCGAAUCCCAGCCGGCAGAGGUUGGCAUCAAAGAACAGAAGCAAGACGACAUAGUUAGUCCGGACUUUCAACAUGGUGUUCAGGCCGCCCAGGCCAUGACCCAAGUUUGGUCGUUCAGCCAUAUUGUCGCGGCUUACACCUUGAUCUGGGUCAUCCACUUUAUCAUGGCUUUCGCUUCGGGCAUGAUCGGGAACCUGACUCCAUUCGUCACCAGCUCUUUUGCGGAGCAUUCGUUGACUGCGACAACAUCGAUCAUCUCUUCUUUGGCUUCUGGUCUGAUUAAGCUUCCAUAUGCUAAACUGAUAGAUAUCUGGGGUCGCCCUCAAGGUUUUGCUCUGAUGGUUGGUAGCAUGACCAUUGGCUUGAUCAUGAUGGCGGGCUGCAACAACGUGGAGACGUACUGCGCCGCUCAGGUCUUCUACCAGGUUGGGUACACAGGCCUUGACUUCACAAUGACCAUUUUCAUCGCGGAUACUUCAAAGCUAAAGAACCGAGCGUUCUGGAUUGCAUUCGUUGCUUCUCCCUACAUUGCUACCGUCUGGGCCUAUGGUCCGGCGGCACAGAGCGCCCUCGGCACGAUAGGUUUUCGCUGGGGAUUUGGUAUUUGGGCCAUUGUCAUCCCGGUGGUUUCGGCACCACUGUUCUUCCUCUUCUAUUACAACCAACGCAAAGCUGAGAAGAUGGGCCUCCUCCCCAUGAUUGAAUCCAACCGCACAACCCUUCAGUCUAUCGUCCACUACGUGAGAGAGUUCGACCUCAUCGGCAUCUUCAUCUUCGCGCUUGGAAUGGCGCUCUUCCUCCUCGCCUUCAACCUAUACACUAAGCAAGCAGACGAAUGGCGCUCUCCACUCAUAAUCUGCUUCCUAGUCUUUGGUGGACUUCUCAUCAUCAGCUUUAUUCUCUACGAAAGGUAUCUUGCCCCCAUAACCUUUAUUCCAUGGGAGUUGCUUAAGAACCGCACCGUCAUCUUCACCUACACCAUGGCUGCAAGCAUCUACAUCGCUUGGUACAUCUGGGACAACUAUUUCUAUUCCAUGCUCCUGGUUGUCUAUAAUCAAGACGUCACCAAGGCCUCCUACAUCAGCAACAUCUACACCGUCGGCUCCUCCUUCUGGUCUAUCGUCAUGGGGGUAGUUAUUCGCUAUAACGGCCGCCUGAAAUGGCAAGCCCUAUACUUCGGCGUCCCCAUCACCAUCCUCGGUGUCGCACUCAUGAUCCAUUUCCGCCACGCCGGCGCCAAUAUUGGCUACAUCGUCAUGUGCCAUAUCUUUAUUGCCUUCGGUGGCGGCACCUUGGUCAUUUGCGAGCAAAUGACUGUCAUGGCCGUCUCACGACAGCAGGAUAUCCCCGCAAUUCUCGCAGCUGAGAGCAUGUUCAUCUACAUUGGUUCCGCUGUGGGUUCUUCAAUUGCUGCAGCUAUGUGGACUGGAAUCUUCCCCGCUAAGUUAAAGGAGAAUCUUCCUGCCGAUGCCCUACCCAAUCUUGCAACGAUCUAUGGUGAUAUCACGGCGCAGUAUGGGUACGCUGUUGGGACUCCCGAGCGCGAUGCUAUCAACUUGUCGUAUAGCCAGACACAGCGGCUGAUGCUAAUUACCGCGACUUGUUUGUAUUCUGUCACUCUAGUGUCAGUGCUGCUGUGGAAAGAUGUAAAUGUCAAGAACAUCCACCAGGUGAAGGGUCGCAUUUUCUGA